CACUGUUUAUUUCUACUCUUGAAAACUCUAUAUAAACCUCUCACUCUCCUCAUUUCACUCACAACUAUCAUUCUUUCUCUCACCUUUCCUUCUUGUGCAACAUCUACUUCAUACUUUUUUUUCAUUCAUCUUUCCAUUCCAAAUGGCCACUAUUGAGGUUGAAACACAGCAAGUAGUACCAACAAUUGUGACAGAAAAUGAAACAGUUGAGGCAACUAAGGUGGAUGAAACAACACCCGCCUCCGAGGUUCUUGUCUCAGAACCAGUCACCACGGAACAACCAAAAGAAGAAGCUGCCGUAGAAGCAGCAGUUGAGAAAGAAGCAGAAACUGAGGUACCAGCUGAAGUUGAGACUACAGAAGUGGCAGAAGAAGCCAAGCCAGAGGUAGAGAACCCGGCAACCGAGAAAGUUGAAGAAGUGAAAGAGGAGGCAACAACUGAGGAGGCUAAAGAAACUACUGAAACAGAAUCAGCAGCACCAACACCAGUUGAGGAGAACAAAGCGGCCGAAACAGCAGUGGAAGAAGUCGCCACAGAAGAAGUCACCACGGAAGCAUAGACAAUUGUUGUCGACUUUUUUCGCAUUGAUGAGAAGUUUUCUAUUUUAUUUGUCUGGUUUCUUUUUCCUUUUUUUUCAUUGAUCUUGUUGUGAAGGUAAGUCUUCGGAUAUGGCUUUACGGGUUAUUAUAUUAUAUAAAGAGUUAUAGCCACUGAAGUUUGGGGAUAAUGAAAGUUCCAACAAGGUUCAACUAGCUUGGUUGUUAUGUAUUUCACCUGGUUUGAAUAAAUUAUAUUUAUUUUUAUCUA